AUGUCCGCAACUUCGAGCAACAGGUCCGAUUCUAUGCAGAGUGAUGAAGCCAAAGCGGAACCAUACGAAGACAAGAAUAUUUCGACCCUCCUGCAAAUGCCCGAUAUGAGCGAUGUGGUGAUACCAGAUGAGCACCUCAAUCACAUACCUAGUAUUUCUAAUGGGGGAAGCCCUUCCUCGUUAUCAGGGCUACUCAAUCUAAUGUCUCAGGACUUGACAGACCAUGUCGAACAUAUAGAAAGCCACGUUCGAUCGGAGGAUUUACCGCGGACAUGGAAGCGAGAUACGCCAGAAGAGUCGAACGCCUUGGUUAGGUCCCCUUCGUCGUCAUACCUCAGUCCCCCAGUGUCCAUGGGUAGUGAUCCACUCCUGCGAUACCAUUCCUUAUUGUCAAACCCUGCGAUGGAAGAGGCGUCUCAUGCAUGGCAAAAGCUAUACUCCAUACCUGCUCAACUCACGCCACUUCCUGAUAUUCUACUGAAAGUCCCAAGCUAUCGUGAGCUUUUGAGAUUUUGGGUGGAGGUGGCCUCCAAUGAUUUGGUUCCAGCACCAUCGCAUCUCUACACUGAUAAUCCAUUCAAAGUUUUGGUUCCUCAGAUGGCUAUGAGAUACCCGGGAGUUCUUACUACUGUAUUGGCAUUUGCAGCUCGCUGGCGAAGUUGCUUGAUGAAUGACUUGGACGACUCAGAUACCACGGAGCUUGUAGAACAACUCUUGAACCGAUCAUGCAAUGAGCUCCUCAAGCAACUUCAGAACGAAAAAGAGGCCACUUCUGAUGGCGCUUUGCUCACUGCAUUGCUUCUCUCGUGCUACGAAGUUGUCAAUUCAAACGACAUUGAUAAGCACAGAACACACACAAUUGGCGCAAGUCAAAUCGUUCUUGCUCGAAGCGCGUCCCAAGAAAGCCAAAGCACUUCACCAUCUUCUGAUGACUCGGAUAGCUCAGAUCGCUCACUUGCAAUGGUCUUCCAGCGUGACGAAAGUAAUAAAGCCUUUUUCUUGACAAGAUGGUUCUUUUACGUCGAUGUUUUGGGAGCCCUCUCGACUACGAGGGGCCAAGACAAGUACCUUAGGGGGUACAGAAAUGGGUCUCAUUAUGCGCCGGUUGAUACUUUGCAAAUGCCUUUUGGCAACUCACACAAUCUUGACCCAAAGGGCGAUAUCGAUUUUUUCAUGGGGUUUGAUGCUCGGAUUAUUCCUCAUCUCAUCAACAUAGCAUUACUCAUUCGUGAGGUCGAAAGACUAGAGAGCACUGCAGAGGAUGAAGCUCUCUCACUUCCAGUAUGGCUAGUGACAGCUGCUCUUGAAACUAAGGAGAAGCUCAAUGAAACGCAUACCGCAGGCGAAGCGAGAAGACAAGCCCAGACAGAGCGAAGCAUCGAUCACAAACUUCGCAAACACACUAUACAUCUGCAUCAAAGACAGAAGGGUAUUGACGAGCUUCUUCAGCACGACAACACUCUUCGUGCUACUAACAAGUUAUUUUAUUGCAUGGGCAUGCUAAAUCUAUAUCGAAGGGUGCUCAAAGUUCCGCGUAAUUCGCCAAUAGUUCAGGAUCUUUCAAAUACGAUGGCGGACGUUUUACGAUUCGGCGUGGAGGCCAGAAGCUCAGCUGAACUAUGUACUAUAUUUUGCCACUUCUGCGCUGGAUGUGAACUAUUAGACCCAGAACGAAGACAGGUCAUUUAUGAACGGCACACCUGGAUGGCCCAGUCAGGCAACCGCAACGCCAUUAAGAGUCUUCAAGUAAUGAAACGCUGCUGGGAGACUGGUGAGGACUGGACCACCGCAGCCAAUGUACUUGACAUUGAUCUCGUCUUAAUGUAA